AUGGCCUCCGAAUCUUCGAGGCCUUUGCUCUUGCCCCAAAAUCGAAAGCUACGGCAUCUACAAGGCAUCUACGUACGAAAUCUCACCCUCUCGAGGUCGCGUGGGCGGACAAUUGAUGAUGCAUCGCUCAAUAAAUCACCCCAGAAGCUUGAGGCAUUGCGUGAAUCGCAAUUGCACCAUGCGCGCUCCUCCGAAGAUCUACGCCCGCCCAAGAUGCGUAGGAAGAGCUCGAAUUGGGUCAGCGCGACACCAACCAUCCGCCAGAAGAAGCUGGAGGACGUGAUCGAGAGCCGGAUGGCGGAUACGUUCUUUACGUUGCACUGCGAAGGCCAGGGGGACCCAAUAUACAUCAGUGAGGUUGUGGAAAAGGCCAUGAAUCCUACAUUUCGAUUCUUUGAUCUGUCUUCUUUCGGCCCGGCUAUUACGAGGUUGGACACUGUGACAGUAAAGGUCUGGGUGAAGAGGAAGGAUUUCAAGGUGUUGAUUGAGGAAGAGAUCAACUUGCAGUCGCUGCAAUUUGUUGGAAGGCUCAAGAACCACCCUUUUCCGCCAAACUGUAUACUGUUCCACUUAGUCGACGGACUUUAUACAGUCGACCUAGCUUCCAAGCCUCCGAAACCAAAACCUGCCCAGCCAUUGCCUACAUCUUCCUUCAAUGCGCUGAUGCGCCUCUCCAACCUCGAUGAAUCCAUACAAGAUGCGCUAGCAACACGGGAAGAAUUGGCAUCCCAGAUCAAUGCAAUUUUGCAAUCUCAGUUUAAGGACGAGGUUGCACAGGCACAAGAAGGAGUUGCUCUUGCGAAGCGCUAUGUAGUGGCAGAGAAGAAGCUGCUCAAAACCUCCAUAAAGAGAAGGGCGGAACUCAAAGCUUCGAUAUCUGCUCGCAGCAGCGCUAUCACGUCAGGAAACGAGGUACAAGCAAAGGUGCUUGAAGACAUAAACAACGCGCAGGACAAGUUGACUAGUUGCCGGACACUUCUCACUACAGCCACCGCCGACAUGAAUGGUCAGAGAAGGCGCAUAUGCGAGGAGCUCCUGAAAAUAUACCCUGUUGAACCGACUACGACCUCUCUUCUAUUCACAAUAUGCGGACUUCCACUUCCCAACUCCUCCUUCGAGGACGCAGACGAGGAUGUCGUUUCGGCAGCUCUUGGGUACGUCGCACGUCUAGUAGACAUGCUUCAGUACUACCUUGCGGUUCCGCUUCCGUACCCAAUCCAGCCAUAUGGGUCACGCUCCAUAAUCCAAGAUAUGAUAUCCAUACUCUCCGACAACCAGCGCACUUUUCCGCUGUAUACAAAAGGCACCGUCCGCUUCCGAUUUGACUACGGCGUGUUUCUUCUGAACAAGAACAUCGAGGUCUUGGCCGAGAGCCAAGGACUAAAAGUCAUAGACAUCAGACAGACACUACCGAACCUCAAAUAUCUACUCUAUGUGUGUAGCGCUGGCAGCAGCGAGCUACCGGCUAGAAAAGCGGGUGGGAUAAGGGGCUUGCUGACGGGCAAGGGCAUGGAAAGCUCGAGUCGGAGGGGUAGUGCGGAUAGUGGUCUUGAAGGUGGGCAAGGAGAGGCGAUCCGAAGGGCAUUGGAAAACGGCGGUAUUGAACCACAAGCGAAGAAGGCUGGCAACGGAGGAAUGCUCCCGUUCGGCGGUACCCAUGUCCACAGCUUGAGGACGAGCGGGUUGCGGGAGAAUGUGAUGAGGUGA